AGCGUAGAUCGUACGCGCAAGGUUAACGACGGCUGCGAGCAAGCAGAUUACGACGAACGGUUUUGAUUUGGAGGGUUUUUCGAGGGCGGAGCUUCGGCCAGUCGUCGUCUGCUACGACGUGCGUCUGCUGCUACGUCUGCUACUAACCGCCUGCUCGCUCCAACGUGUCGUCUGCUUUUGAUGAGGGUUGUUGCGUGUGCGCGCGUGUGUGUGUGUGCGAUUACGCCUACGUAGCAACGUGUGCUUCAGUAUCGCGUUUAUUUCGUUUGCUGUGACUACGUCAACUCCGAGAUCAUGCAGCGAUUUUCUCGGCACGAUCAGGGGAUGUUUGGGCACAGCCGUAAGCAGAGCGACAGCACCGAGUUUAAGGAGAUGUCGAAGGUGGAUGCUCAGACCCACCUGGCCCAAGAGCUGGAGAAGCUCUGUCUCACAGCCAGCGCCGCAGAACGAGAGCUCGUGGAGACAGAGUUUCGAGGCUUCCAGAAGCUCUUCCAGAAAUUCCUCAAGGACACGGGACCCUCCGUGAACUGGGAGCACAUCCAGCCCCUGCCUGCUGACGCGGUGAUUGACUACGGCCUGCUGCAGCCGCCGCCGGACGACGACACCAUCCGCAACAUGCUGAAUAAGCUGGUGGUGGUGAAGCUCAAUGGCGGUCUGGGCACCAGCAUGGGGUGCAAGGGCCCCAAGUCCGUCAUCCCGGUCCGAAACGACCUCACCUUUCUCGACAUGACGGUGCAGCAGAUGGAGCACCUCAAUCGGACGUACAACUCUGCCAUGCCCCUGGUGCUGAUGAAUUCGUUCAACACGGACGAAGACACGUCCAAGGUGCUGCGCAAGUACAAGGGAUUCCGUGUCAAGAUCUACACUUUCCUCCAGAGCAGGUACCCGAGAAUCAACAGGGAGACGCUGAUGCCCGUUGCCUCCACCCUCAUCAACCCAGACCCAGAAGCGUUCUACCCUCCCGGCCACGGGGACUUCUACACGUCUUUCUGCCAGUCGGGGCUCCUAGAACACUUCCUGUCGGAGGGGCGGGAGUUCUGUUUCAUCUCCAACAUUGACAACCUCGGGGCCACCGUAGACCUCAACAUUCUCAACCUGCUUCUCUCCACGAACACCCCGGCGGCCCCCGACUUCGUGAUGGAGGUGACCGACAAGACGAGGGCAGACGUCAAGGGAGGAACCCUCAUCCAGUACGAAAACCGACUCAGGCUGUUGGAAAUUGCUCAAGUGCCCAAAGAAAACAUAGACGAGUUCAAGAGCAUAAAGAAGUUCAAGAUCUUCAACACCAACAACCUGUGGAUGAAGCUGAGCACCAUGUCAGAGCUGGUGCAGUCCAAUGGCAUCGACAUGGAGGUCAUAGUGAACCACAAGACACUCGAUACGGGGGUGAACGUGGUCCAGCUUGAGACUGCAGCAGGGGCAGCUAUGAAGGACUUCUCCAAAGCCAUCGGCAUCAACGUGCCCCGGAGCCGCUUCCUUCCGGUAAAGAAGACCUCCGACCUGCUGCUGGUGAUGAGCAACCUGUACCACAUGAAGUUCGGCACCCUGGUCAUGUCCCCCAAGCGCACCUUCCCCACCGUGCCCCUCAUCAAGCUGGGGGACAACCACUUCGCAAAGGUGCGGGAGUUCCUCCAGCGCUUUGCGAGCAUACCGGACAUCUUGGAGUUGGACCACCUGACGGUAUCCGGCGACGUCACCUUUGGGAAGGGAGUUUCUCUGAGGGGCACCGUGAUCAUCAUUGCCAACCACGGGGACCGCAUCGACAUACCUGCGUCCGCCGUGUUGGAGAACAAGAUUGUUUCGGGCAACCUGCGCAUCUUGGACCACUGAUGCGUGCACAUCCGUCGGAAGUUUACUUCAUUGUUGGUUUUGGUUUACAUUACCCCGGUGUUUGGUCUAGCUAAGCUACCAGUUUCUCUUCAUACAGCAAUAUAAGUGGCGUUUCUUCCACUUGCAAAAAAGUUGCAGUAAAACAAUAAACGGAAGACACUUCCGUAACCCGAUGCGCAAGAAUGUUGCCGCAAUCUCGGACGUGGGGAAUAUAACCACAAACACGGGAAAGUUAUUGUAACUCCAUAAAUGGUUACAGUUUCCGUUUUGCUUUUAGCAUCCACUGCCAUGUUUUGCUCCAGGGCUUUCACAAAACGUUUCGGGGAGCAUCGUUGCAGGUUGGGGGUUGCUUCAUCGCCAUUUAUUUUUUUCUCGGCAUUCAGUCGUCACUUUAAGAGACGGUCUUAACUUAUUUAUUGUUUGCCCUACGAGAAAACAAAGACGGGUCGUGCCAUAACAUAAAAUCAAAAGGCUAGUCUCUCUCUGCCCUAAAGCAGUGCCAAGUUACUCAUAAAUUAGUCUUGUUUAGCUUGCCAAUAAGACAAUAAUGCGGGGUGUUAAAAAUGACUGUUCCAAAAGCUUCGAAGUUCGUAUAUUAAAAUUUUUUUUCUUGCAGGCAAAUGUCCGAGCUACGGUUUACGCGUACCAAUAAAUCGCGCAAAGCGUCGUCCCAUCAAUUUUUGCCCGUUAUUUGGAGAGGCGUUUGGUCUGCAUCUUCGUUGCAUCCUCGGGCCGUGUGAUCGACGGGGUUUGUUUCUGAAAGAAUGAAGUAGUGGCAAGAAAAAAAGAAAAUGCAAGUUUUUUAGUGUUGUUAGCCUAGUGUCCUACGAGAUGUCGAAAACCGUAGCGAGGAAAGUGGUGUCAUGCCAUACCAGCGUGAACCUAGAGUGUACAAAGGAUAGCCAACGUGUUUUAGAGUGUUGAAUAAAUGUUUGUUGGAUGCCUG